GAGUUAACUCGGUACGUUAUGACGAAUACCGAAACGGGCCCGAAAGGGAUUACAAGGAGGCCGUCGCGGAGCGCUUCAACCACGACGUUCUCAAUGGAGGUGUUUGACAAUGAGGUCGUACCUUCCGCUCUUAGUUCCAUCGCUCCCAUCCUCCGCAUUGCGAAAGAGAUCGAACCUGAACGGCCCCGCGUCGCCUAUCUCUGUCGUUUCUAUGCCUUUGAGAAAGCAGACAGGUUGGAUCCCAACUCCUCCGGACGUGGAGUGAGGCAGUUCAAGACUGGCUUGCGGCAAAGAAUAGAGAGGGGCGAUGAAUCCAGUCUUGCCUCUCGGGUUGAAAAGACUGAUGCAAUGGAAAUUGGGAGCUAUUAUAAGCAAUAUUACGAACACUAUGUUAGAGUACUAGACGACGGAGACCAGGCAGACAGAGCUCAACUUGAGAAAGCUUACCAAAAAGCCGGAGUGCUUUUUGAAGUGCUCUUUGCCGUUAAUAAAAGUGAGAAAGUUGAAGAAGUUGCUCCAGAGAUUAUGGCAACUGCCAAAGAUGUCCAAGAAAAGAAGGAAAUCUAUACCCCCUACAACAUUCUUCCUUUGGAUGCUGCCGGAUCUUCUCAGUCUAUCAUGCAGCUUCAGGAGGUUAAGGCUUCUGUAGCUGCAUUAUGGAACAUCUGUGGCUUGAAUUGGCCUGUGGGAUUUGAGCUACAAAGGAAAAAAACUGGGGACUUGGACCUUCUGGAUUGGUUAAGAGCCAUGUUUGGAUUCCAGAGGGACAAUGUCAGGAACAUGAGGGAGCACUUGAUUUUGUUGCUUGCCAAUAAUCAUAUAAGACUCCACCCCAAGCCUGAACCUCUUGAUAAGCUUGAUGAACGAGCCGUUGAUGCAGUUAUGAGCAAGCUUUUCAAGAAUUAUAAAGCAUGGUGCAAAUUCUUAGGAAGUAAAAAUAGUUUAAGGCUGCCUCAAAGCUCUCAAGAAACACAACAGAGGAAGAUACUAUAUGUAGGAUUAUAUCUUCUCAUCUGGGGUGAAGCAGCUAAUGUCCGAUACAUGCCAGAAUGUCUGUGCUACAUUUUUCAUAAUAUGGCAUAUGAACUCCAAGGCCUUUUGGCUGGAAAUGUUAGCAUCGUGACUGGGGAAAAUAUCAAGCCAUCAUAUGGUGGAGAUGAUGAGGCAUUCUUGCGGAAGGUUAUAACACCGAUUUACUGUGUCAUUGAAAGGGAAGCCGAAAAGAACAAAAAUGGAACUGCUUCUCAUGCAGACUGGUGUAAUUAUGACGAUCUGAACGAGUAUUUCUGGUCUUCUGAUUGCUUCUCUCUUGGAUGGCCCAUGCGUGAUGAUUGUGACUUUUUCCAAUCAACCCGUGAUAUGCUACCUUGCCAGGGAAAGAAAACUUCUCGAAGAAAAUGCGAAAGCCCAGGCAAAUCCAAUUUUGUAGAGAUUAGAACAUUUUGGCACCUAUUUCGAAGUUUUGAUCGGCUAUGGACUUUUUAUAUUCUAGCUUUGCAGGUAAUGAUCAUUAUUGCAUGGAGUGGAGCUUCAUUAACAGGAAUCUUUCAAAAGGAUUUAUUGUAUGACAUAUCCAGUAUUUUCAUCACAGCAGCCAUUCUGCGUUUCAUUCAGAGUGUUUUGGACGUUGCUCUCAACUUCCCAGGAUAUCAUAGGUGGAGGUUCACUGACGUAUUGAGAAACGUUCUCAAGAUAAUAGUCAGUAUUGCAUGGGUCAUCAUUCUUCCUCAAUUCUAUGUGCCUGAAUUGUCUUUUGUCCCUGAGAAAGAUAUGCUAUCGUUUCUUAAUCAAGUAAAGGGUGCUUCUCCUUUAUAUAUCAUGGCUGUGGCGCUAUACUUGCUUCCAAAUUUACUGACAGUUGCGCUGUUCAUUUUUCCAAUGCUCCGGCGUUGGAUUGAAAACUCAGAUUGGCACAUUAUUAGGUUAUUAUUAUGGUGGUCACAGCCUAGAGUUUAUGUUGGAAGGGGAAUGCAUGAAAGUCAGUUUGUGCUUAUAAAGUAUACUCUUUUUUGGAUACUACUUUUGUGUGCCAAGUUUGCAUUCAGCUAUUUUGUCCAGAUAAAACCAUUGGUGCAGCCAACAAAAGACAUAAUGAGCAUUCAUCAUGUUAGAUAUGCUUGGCAUGAAUUUUUCCCUAAAGCUGAGAACCACAUAGGAGUUGUGUCACUUUGGGCACCAGUAUUAUUGGUUUAUUUUAUGGACACUCAAAUUUGGUAUUCUAUUUUCUCAACCAUAUCUGGUGGUGUUAGUGGGGCUUUUGAUCGCCUUGGAGAGAUAAGAACUUUGGGCAUGUUAAGAUCACGGUUUCAGUCCCUGCCUGGUGCAUUUAAUACAUACUUGGUACCUACUGAUAAAUCGAUAAAGAGAGGAUUCUCUUUAUCAAAGCGAUUUAUUGAGGUAACUGCAAAUAGAAGAAGUGAAAAUGCAAAAUUCGCUCAGUUAUGGAAUGAAGUAAUUUGCAGCUUUCGUGAAGAAGACCUAAUUAGUGACAGGAACAUGGACCUUUUACUGGUUCCUUAUACAUCGGAUCCUAGGCUGAAACUAAUUCAGUGGCCACCCUUUUUGCUAGCAAGCAAGAUUCCGAUUGCAUUGGAUAUGGCAGUUCAGUUCCGCUCGAAGGACUCUGACCUUUGGAAGCGCAUUUGUGCUGAUGAAUACAUUAAAUGUGCUGUGAUUGAAUGUUAUGAGUCUUUCAAAAUUAUUCUAAACAUGCUGGUGGUUGGAGAGAAUGAGAAAAGGAUCAUCAGAAUUAUCAUCACAGAAAUCGACAGUAACAUUUCAAGGAAUACUCUUCUAGCAAAUUUCAGAAUGGCUCCUUUACUUGUCCUUUGCAACAAAUUCGUAGAGCUUGUUGGGAUCUUGAAAGAUGGGGAUCCCUCCAAAAAGGAUGCUGUGGUUUUCUUGCUGCAAGAUAUGUUAGAAGUAGUUACCCGUGAUAUGAUGGUGAAAGAGAUUAGUGAAUUAGUAGAGCUUGGACAUAGUAACAAGGAAUCAGGAAGGCAAAUUUUUGCUGGUACUGAGGAAAAACCUGCUAUAGCGUUCCCUCCUGUGCUAACGGCACAUUGGGUAGAACAGAUGCGACGUCUUCAUAUCGUUUUGACUGUCAAAGAAUCUGACACUGAUAUACCAUCAAAUCUUGAGGCACGUAGAAGGAUUGCAUUUUUUGCAAAUUCAUUAUUUAUGGAUAUGCCAUGUGCUCCUCGAGUUCGUAACAUGCUUUCAUUCAGUGUCCUAACUCCAUACUAUAGUGAAGAGACUGUCUAUUCCAAAACUGAACUUGAGAUGAAAAACGAGGAUGGUGUAUCUCUCAUUUUCUAUCUGCAGAAAAUUUUCCCAGAUGAGUGGAACAACUUUAUUGAGCGACUCAAUUGUAAGGAGAAUGAUAUUUUGGAAAAUGAAGAAAAAAUCUUACAGCUUCGCCACUGGGUCUCCUUGAGAGGACAAACUCUGUGCAGGACAGUUAGAGGGAUGAUGUAUUACAGGCGAGCUUUGAUAAUUCAGGCUUUCCUGGACUUGGCUACUGAAAAUGAAAUAUUAGAAGGAUACAAAGCGAUCUUAACUCCAUCUAGUGAAGAUAAGAAAAGUCAGAAAUCCCUAUAUGCUCAGUUGGAGGCAAUCGCUGACCUGAAAUUUACUUAUGUUGCUACCUGUCAAAACUACGGAAAUCAGAAAAGGAGUGGAGACCGUCGUGCAACUGACAUCCUGAAUUUGAUGGUUAAUAAUCCUUCUCUUCGUGUGGCAUACAUUGACGAAGUUGAAGAAAGGGAAGGUGGAAGACCUCAGAAAGUUUACUAUUCUGUACUGGUUAAAGGCGUUGAUAAUCUUGACCAGGAAAUCUAUCGAAUAAAGUUGCCUGGAAAUGCAAAGCUAGGAGAAGGAAAACCUGAAAAUCAGAAUCAUGCUUUAGUUUUUACUCGAGGAGAAGCUCUUCAAACCAUUGAUAUGAAUCAGGACAAUUACUUGGAAGAAGCAUUCAAAAUGCGUAAUCUUUUGGAAGAAUUUAAUGAGGAUCAUGGAGUACGACCACCUACAAUUUUAGGAGUUCGUGAGCAUAUCUUUACAGGAAGUGUCUCUUCUUUGGCUUGGUUCAUGUCAAAUCAAGAAACAAGCUUUGUCACCAUUGGUCAAAGAGUUCUUGCAAGACCACUGAAGGUUCGUUUCCAUUAUGGUCAUCCAGAUGUGUUCGAUAGAAUCUUCCACAUAACCCGUGGAGGUAUCAGCAAGGGUUCUCGCGGCAUCAACUUGAGCGAGGACAUCUUUGCUGGUUUUAACUCAACCCUGAGACGAGGAAACAUUACUCAUCAUGAGUAUAUUCAAGUUGGGAAAGGUAGAGAUGUUGGGUUAAACCAAAUCUCACUUUUUGAAGCCAAAGUGGCUUGUGGUAAUGGGGAACAGACACUCAGCAGAGACAUCUACAGAUUAGGCCAUCGCUUUGACUUUUUCCGCAUGUUGUCCUGCUACUUUACAACAGUUGGAUUUUAUUUCAGCUCAAUGUUGGUUGUCUUUACACUCUACCUUUUCUUGUAUGGAAGACUUUAUUUGUCACUAAGUGGUUUAGAGAAGGCAAUAGUCAAAUUUGCUUCAGCCAAGGGAAAUGAUUCUCUGAAGGCAGCCAUGGCUUCCCAAUCUAUAGUUCAAUUAGGCUUUUUAACCGUACUACCGAUGAUGAUGGAGAUCGGAUUGGAGAGGGGUUUCAGAGCUGCAUUAAGUGACAUCAUAACCAUGCAGCUUCAGUUGGCGUCUGUGUUCUUCACUUUUUCCCUUGGAACAAGAGUCCACUAUUUUGGGCGCACUAUCCUGCAUGGUGGGUCUAAAUACAGAGCAACAGGGCGUGGUUUUGUGGUCCGGCAUGAAAAAUUUGCAGAGAACUACCGUUUGUACUCAAGGAGUCACUUUGUAAAAGGGCUGGAGCUAAUGGUGUUGCUUAUAUGUUACAGGAUCUAUGGUUCUGCAGCAAGUCAUGCUGUCUCUUAUGCACUUCUCUCAUUUUCAAUGUGGUUCUUAAUUUUGUCGUGGCUGUUUGCUCCUUUCCUUUUGAAUCCAUCGGGAUUUGAAUGGCAAAAAAUAGUAGAAGACUGGGAAGAUUGGUCAAAGUGGAUUAGCUGCAGAGGUGGCAUUGGAGUUCCCUCAGUUAAGAGCUGGGAAUCUUGGUGGGAGGAAGAACAAGAGCACCUGCGCCACACUGGAUCUAUGGGAUGUCUAGUCUUUUCUAGACUCUACAACAAAUCAAUCAAUGAUUAUUGGCUUUACUUAUUACCAAGAGUCGUGUCCAUGGGCAGAAUGAAGUUCAGUGCAGAUUUCCAGCUGAUGUUCAGACUUCUUAAGCUACUCAUGUUUGUGGGGUGUAUAGUCACCAUUGCACUGCUGUUUUAUCUCCUUGAUCUCACAAUUGGAGAUAUCUUUCAGAGCAUGCUCGCCUUUAUGCCGACAGGAUGGGCUCUUCUGCAGAUAUCACAAGCAUGGCGGACAUUGGUGAUGGGAAUAGGAAUGUGGGGGUCGGUGAAGUCACUAGCAAGAUGGUACGAAUAUACGAUGGGGGUAUUACUGUUUGCACCAAUAGCUAUAUUAGCAUGGUUCCCCUUCGUCUCAGAAUUCCAGACCAGGCUGCUAUUCAACCAAGCUUUCGGCCGAGGCCUUCAAAUCCAACGAAUUCUAGCUGGUAGCAAGAUGCAAGCCUAAAACGUUAGAUUCUUACAUUUGGUUCAGCAGACCAGAAUGUUAGAUUGAUGUGUUUAGUUCAGAACGAGAUGUAGAAGUAAAAAUAAAUGUCCUUAAGCUCCUUUAGGAAUCCAAAUAAAACCUCCAUAAAUGGAUUAGAAUAAUCAUUG